AUGCAUCGCCUCUGUGAGUGUCGCGUUUUGAGCGCCGAUAAAACAUGUUACAAACGUUGCACACGGCAGGAAAAGAAUCUGAGCAUCAACCACACUUUUACCCGUUUCCUCCUACACCGACACACGAAUCAAUAUGUUAACCCGUGUUUGAGUCGAUGCAUGAUAUACGCUCCAUUUAAAAACAGGACAGGCCGGUCUGAAUCGCACUUAAGGGAAAGUAGAUUCAGUUGUACAAAUGGAUAUUUUUAUCGUUUCCUAAAUCCACAAAACUGCAAUCGGUGUCUAAAAUCGUGCCUGGUCCACCUGUGUUCGAAGCCGGGAUCGCGUUGUUUGAAUGAAGAGGUUUCAGCACCAGCCGCGGCAUGGACAGCUCCCGGUACUCCGGGAGGAACAGCUUCUGUUCAAAGGCUCUGCAGUCCGGGCAACAGAACAAAGAGCUUCGGGGCACCUACGACAAACCUUGUCCGCCCUCUCAGCUGCGAAGUCUUUCACAGUCUGCAGUCUUUUAAAACCACCAAAGGUGGUUUGAAAACUCUGCUCUUUGGACUCAGGCCAAGGAGCCAUUCAAAAAGCGAUCUGCGUAUCCUCUUCCAAUUAAACUCCAGCAAAGCUAUGCAAUUUGAUACAUUUAAUCCCCGAUUUGGCAGGCGGGAGAAGAGAGCCGUCUUUCCUUUGCCAUUAACGAGAGCUAGUAGAUCGGUCAAUCGUCGCCCUCAUUUCCCGCAGUAUAAUUACCAGGUUCAGGUGGCGGAGAACCAGCCUCCGGGGACUCCUGUAAUCUCCAUUACUGCAGUGGACCCAGAUUCUGGAGAGGCUGGGAGGCUGUUUUACUCUAUGGCUUCAUUAAUGGACAGCAGGUCCAUGGAUUAUUUUACGAUUGACGUGGAGAGAGGACUGCUUUCGACCAGCAAAGUCCUGGACAGGGAAAGCAUGGACUUGCACUAUUUCCGAAUCACAGCUGUCGACCACGGCAUCCCUCGCCUCUCUGCCACCACCAUGAUCUCCAUUACAGUGAGCGACACCAAUGACCACGACCCGGUGUUCGAACAAACCGAAUACAGGGAAACCAUUCGGGAGAACGUGGAGGAAGGUUAUCCCAUCUUGCAGCUCCGAGCCACAGAUAUAGACUCUUCUUCCAAUGCCAAUAUCAGGUAUCGAUUCAUGAAUCAGCAAGCUGCACAUGCUGUUUUCGACAUUGACGCCAGGUCGGGUUUGAUUACUACCCGUGGAUCAGUGGAUAGAGAGACCAUGGAGAAAUACUCCCUAAUUGUAGAAGCCAAUGACCAAGGUAAAGAUCCUGGUCCUAAAAGUGCCACAGUAAAAGUUUACAUAACUGUCUUGGAUGAAAAUGACAACGUUCCACAGUUCAGUGAGAAACGUUACAUUGUCCAGGUGAGAGAAGACAUAAGGCCACAUACACCGAUCUUGCGAAUUACUGCCACAGACCAGGACAAAGAUAAUAAUGCUUUGGUCCAUUAUAAUAUAAUUAGUGGAAACAGUAGGGGGCAGUUCUCCAUCGACAGUGUUACUGGUGCCAUUGAGGUGGUGACACCUUUAGAUUUCGAGGUGGAGCGUGAAUAUGCCUUGCGUGUUCGUGCUCAGGAUGCAGGACGCCCACCCUUAUCCAACAAUACAGGAAUGGUCAGUAUUCAGUUGGUGGAUGUUAAUGACAAUGUUCCCAUUUUUGUGAGCACUCCAUUUCAGGUAUCUGUUCUUGAAAAUGCCCCACUUGGACACUCUGUGAUCCAUAUCCAAGCUGUGGAUGCAGAUUACAGUGAAAAUGCCCGGCUGGAGUACAGACUGACAGACACAGCCCCAGAUACACCUUUUGUGAUCAACAGUGGAACAGGCUGGAUCACAGUGAGUGCACAACUGGACCGUGAAUCUGUUGAACAUUAUUCCUUUGGAGUAGAAGCUAGGGAUCAUGGUUCUCCACCUCUGUCUGCUUCAGCAAGUGUCACGAUUACAGUCAUGGAUGUUAAUGAUAAUCGACCAGAAUUUAACCAGAAAGAGUACUUUAUUCGCUUAAAUGAAGAUGCUGCAGUGGGUACCAGUGUACUGACAGUAACUGCAGUGGAUCGAGAUGUGAAUGGGGUGGUCACAUAUCAGAUUACAGGUGGGAAUACAAGGAACCGUUUCAGUAUCAGCACCCAGGGUGGCAUGGGCCUCAUUACACUGGCAUUGCCUUUGGAUUAUAAGCAGGAGAGACGCUAUGUCCUAACAAUCACAGCCUCUGAUCGCACACUUCAUGAUACAUGCCAUGUACAUGUCAAUAUCACAGAUGCAAAUACACACCGGCCAGUGUUUCAAAGUGCACAUUAUUCAGUAAAUGUCAAUGAAGAUCGUCCAGUGGGGAGCACUGUAGUGGUAAUUAGUGCUACAGAUGAUGAUGUUGGGGAGAAUGCUAGGAUAACUUACUACUUGGAGGAUAACAUUCCUCAGUUUCGAAUUGAUCCAGAUUCAGGUGCCAUUACACUACAGACAGAGCUUGACUAUGAAGAUCAAAUGACUUACACAUUAGCUAUCACUGCCAAAGACAAUGGGAUUCCACAGAAAUCUGAUACUACUUAUGUUGAAAUCAUGGUCAAGGAUGUCAAUGACAAUUCACCAGUAUUUGUAAAUGUUCAGUACCAGGGCUCAGUCUCUGAAGAUGCCCCACCCUUUACCAGUGUCUUGCAGAUAUCGGCUACUGACCGUGAUGCCCAUGCCAAUGGAAGGGUUCAGUACACCUUCCAGAAUGGAGAGGAUGGGGAUGGGGAUUUCACCAUUGAGCCAACAUCAGGGAUUGUCCGAACUGUCCGAAGGCUCGAUCGUGAGAGUGUCCCAAUAUAUGACCUCACUGCCUAUGCAGUAGAUCGGGGGAUCCCUGUGCGUAGGACUCCAGUUCAUAUUCAUGUCAAUAUUUUGGAUGUUAAUGAUAAUGCACCCGUGUUUCCUGCUGAUGAAUUUGAGGUAUUUGUGAAGGAGAACAGCAUUGUUGGUUCAGUGGUGGGACAAAUUACAGCAGCUGAUCCAGAUGAGGGGACAAAUGCUCAGAUUAUGUACCAAAUUGUGGAAGGCAACAUUCCUGAGAUCUUCCAGAUGGAUAUCUUUUCUGGAGAACUCACAGCCCUUACUGACCUGGACUAUGAAGUAAAAUCUGAGUAUGUAAUUGUAGUGCAAGCAACCUCUGCGCCUCUUGUGAGCCGAGCCACUGUGCACAUUCGCCUGAUUGAUCAGAAUGACAAUAGUCCUGUCCUUAAGAACUUCCAAAUAAUUUUUAACAACUACAUAUCCAACAAGUCAAACACCUUCCCUUCAGGAGUCAUAGGCAAGAUCCCAGCCUAUGAUCCUGAUGUUUCAGAUCGACUGUUCUACACAUUUGAGCGAGGGAAUGAGCUGAGCUUAAUGAACCUUAACCAGACAAGUGGUGAACUGCGGCUGAGUCGGAAGCUAGACAAUAAUCGUCCACUAGUGGCAUCCAUGUUGGUGACAGUCACAGAUGGGAUUCACAGCGUGACAGCACAGUGUGUGCUGAGAGUAAUUGUCAUUACAGAGGAGAUGCUGUCCAAUAGUAUCACGGUGCGUCUGGAGAACAUGUCACAGGAACGCUUCCUGUCUCCUUUGCUGACUCGCUUUGUGGAGGGUCUGGCGGCAGUCUUGUCUGCCUCCAAGGAGGACAUCUUCGUUUUCAACAUACAGAAUGACACUGAUGUCAGCGGCAGCAUCCUGAACGUGAGUUUUUCUGCCCUGGUUCCAGGCGGGAGCCAGAGCCAGUUCUUCUCCUCCAAGGAGCUUCAAGAACAGCUGUACAUGAGCCGGAUGCUGCUAACCUCAGUUUCCAUGCUGGAGGUCCUGCCGUUUGAUGACAAUGUCUGCCUGCGGGAACCCUGUGAAAACUACAUGAAAUGCAUUUCAGUGCUGAAGUUCGACAGUUCUUCUGCGUUCGUCGCUUCGGAGUCCAUGCUCUUCCGGCCCAUCCAUCCCAUCACAGGCCUCCGCUGUCGCUGCCCACCAGGAUUUACUGGAGAUUACUGUGAGACUGAGAUCAACCUUUGCUAUUCGAAUCCCUGCCAGAAUUCUGGAGUGUGCAGCCGCAGAGAGGGCGGGUACACGUGUGUGUGCCGUGAGGAGUUCACAGGUGAUCACUGCGAAGUGGACAGUCAGUCUGGGCACUGCUCUCCUGGUGUGUGUAGAAAUGGUGGAACCUGCACGAACCUCCCAGCGGGCGGAUUCAAGUGUAAUUGUCCCUCAGGAGGAUAUGAGAAGCCCUACUGUGAAGUGACCGCCCGAUCCUUCCCACCAAAGUCGUUUGUGAUGUUUCAUGGCCUGAGACAAAGAUUUCACAUGACGCUAUCCCUGUCGUUCGCUACACAAGAAAAUAAUGGUCUCCUGUUCUACAAUGGGCGAUUUAAUGAAAAACAUGAUUUUAUUGCAGUGGAAAUCAUUGAUGGACAGGUCCAGUUAAAGUACUCAACAGGAGAGUCAAUGACGGUGGUAACGCCUCAUCUUCCUGGAGGGGUCAGCGAUGGGCAGUGGCACACGGUGCAGGUCCAAUACUAUAACAAGCCAAAAAUUGGGUCACUGGGAGUUGCACAAGGCCCGUCAGAGCAGAAGGUGGCGAUCUUAACAGUUGAUGAUUGUGACACCUCCAUUGCUGUCCGUUUUGGGGCUGAUAUUGGAAACUAUUCAUGUGCUGCAGAGGGUGUACAGUCCAGCUCCAAGAAGUCCCUGGAUCUCACUGGUCCUUUACUGCUUGGGGGUGUCCCAAACCUACCUGAGAAUUUCCCAGUGGUUAACACAGAGUUUGUGGGAUGUAUGAAAGAACUUCACAUUGACAACAAACGUGUUGACAUGGCAGCCUACAUUGCCAAUAAUGGUACCUUUCCAGGUUGCAAUAUGAAACAGCCAUUUUGCGAUUCAAACCCAUGUAAGAAUGGAGGCACCUGCAUGGUUAUCUGGGAAACCUUUCUCUGUGAAUGCCCUCUGGGGUUUGGAAGUAAGGACUGUGGACAAGUGAUGCACCAUCCCUACCAUUUCCUUGGAAAUAGUUUGCUCUCCUGGGAUUUUAAGAAUGAGGUGAAGAUCUCUAUUCCGUGGUUCCUCGGGCUUAUGUUUCGAACACGUCACACUGAAGCUGUGCUGGUGCAGGCUCAUGCUGGACAGUACACCACCAUAGUCUGUCAGUUGAACUCGGGCCACCUUUCAUUUGCUGUCAAUCGAGGGACCAGUCGGACUGUGAGGUUGCUGCUGAAUCGAAUGCCAUUAAAUGAUGGGAGGUGGCAUGAUCUUCAGCUGGAACUACGAGAUGUGAGAAAUGGGCGUGAUAUACGAUACAUAGCAACCAUCACGAUUGAUUUUGGACUUUAUCAGGAUACAGUUAUUGUUGGCAAUGAGUUACACGGGCUGAAGUUGAAGCAUCUUCAAGUUGGUGGUAUUCUCAGAGCUGGUGAGGUGCAGAAUGGAUUGGAUGGCUGUAUCCAGGGUGUGCGUCUCGGUGACACCUCUAUUGGAAUUGCAAUGCCAAAGCCAAGUCAUACUAUGAACGUGGAACUAGGCUGCACCAUCCCUGAUCCAUGUGACUCCACCUCAUGCCCACCCAACAGUUACUGCAGCGAUGAGUGGCAGAGUUAUUCUUGUACCUGUGAGCCAGGUUACUAUGGUGAGUCUUGUGUCGAUGCCUGUCGGCUGAAUCCAUGUGAAAAUGAAUCUGUCUGCCGCCGCAAACCCAGUUCCUCGCAUGGGUACACAUGUGAUUGUGGAGAGAACCAUUUUGGCCAGUAUUGUGAACACAGAAUUGACCAGCAGUGUCCCAAAGGAUGGUGGGGGAAUCCAACGUGUGGACCCUGCAACUGUAACAUCAAUAAGGGAUUUGACCCUGACUGCAACAAGACGAAUGGCCAGUGCCACUGUAAGGAGUUUCACUAUCGUCCUGUUGGAAGCGAUGCAUGCCUGCCUUGUGACUGCUAUCCCAUUGGCUCGUUUUCCAGGUCAUGUGAUCAAGAAACCGGCCAAUGCCACUGUAGACCAGGAGUGAUUGGACGUCAGUGCAACCAGUGUGAUAAUCCUUUUGCAGAGGUCACGCACAGCGGGUGUGAAGUGAUAUAUGACGGAUGUCCCAAAUCACUCAAAGCUGGUGUUUGGUGGCCGCGAACAAAGUUUGGACUCCCAGCAGCUGUAUUGUGCCCAAAAGGUUCCCUUGGCACUGUCAUUCGACAUUGUGGGGAGGAACAUGGUUGGUUAGAACCAGAUCUCUUUAACUGUACAUCUCCACCAUUCACGCAACUGGCAGACACUCUGGGAAGGCUGGAGAGGAAUGAAACUGAACUAAAUACCAUUGAGGCAAAGAAGCUGGCUCGACAUAUGCGUACUGUCACAGAGGAGAUGGAACAAUACUUUGGAAAUGACAUCCAUAUCACAUAUCGUCUUCUCUUGAAGAUGCUGGAAUUUGAGUGCAGACAACGUGGAUUUAACCUUACAGCAACACAAGAUGUACAUUUUACAGAGAACCUCCUAAGAACAGGAAGUGCGGCUCUGGAUCUAGAAAAUUCAGAACACUGGAAUACACUUCAGCAGACAGAGCAGGGAACAGCUCAGCUGAUGGAGCAGCUUGAGGACUAUAUGAGGACACUAGCACAAAACAUGAAAUUCACCUACCUCAACCCAGUUGCUAUUGUAACCCCCAAUAUAAUCCUAACUAUUGAUCGUGUGGAGAAUAGCACUAAGACAAGGAAACGAUUUCCCCGCUAUCACAGUGGACUCUUCCGUGGUCAGUCUACAUGGGAUGCACAGACGCACAUUGUACUGCCAGCAUCUGUUUUAUUUCCAUCAAAAGUUAAAGCUGUACCCACCUCCAAAACAGAGAACUCUAUCCAAGUGCGGAAUGAAACUAGUAAAGUUUUACACCAACGGAUUUUACCAGAGCCCGAGCCUACUAUGACCAUCCUGAUCCUACUCAUUUACCGGACACUAGGUAGUUUAUUACCGGCACGAUUCAACACAGAUCGCCGUAACCUAAGACUUCCGAAACAUCCUGUAAUGAACUCUCCAAUCGUGACUAUCUCUAUCUUCAACAACAACACCUUUGUCCGUGGAGCUUUGAACUCACCACUGACACUGGAGUUCCGUCUACUAGAGACUGCCAAUCGCAGCAAGCCUGUAUGUGUCCAAUGGAAUCAUUCCAGUCUCUCUGAACCAGCUGGCACCUGGACAGCAAAGGACUGUGACCUUGUUCACCGAAACACCACGCACGUUCGAUGUCAGUGUUCACAGCUUGGCAUCUUUGGGGUCCUAAUGGAUAUUUCACAUCGUGAGCAGCUGGAAGGAGACCUAGAGACAUUGGCCAUUGUUACCUACUCGACUAUCAGCGUGUCUCUUAUGGCACUACUACUCACUUUCUUCAUCCUGACCUGUCUAAAUGGACUGAAAUCCAAUACUCGUGGCAUCCACUGCAACAUUGUUGCAGCCAUCUUCUGCGCAGAGCUUGUCUUCCUUUUGGGAAUUAAUCAAACGGAAAAUCAGUUUCUCUGCACAGUGAUUGCCAUCUUGCUGCACUACUUUUUCAUGGCAACCUUUGCUUGGAUCUUUGUGGAGGGACUUCACAUCUACCGAAUGCAAACUGAAGCUAGGAACAUCAACUAUGGUGCCAUGCGAUUCUACUAUGCCAUUGGUUGGGGAGUGCCCGCUAUCAUCACAGGUCUUGCGGUUGGUCUGGACCCAGAGGGUUAUGGAAAUCCUGAUUUCUGCUGGAUCUCUGUCCACGAUAAGCUGAUCUGGAGCUUUGCUGGACCAAUUGCUGUUGUUAUUUUGAUGAACAUUGUGAUCUCCUUGUUGGUAGCAAGAAUGUCCUGUGCCCCAACACAGAAGGAAGCCAAGAAAAGAUCAAUCCUUACCACAAUUCGAAGCGCCUUCAUUCUGCUACUAAUCGUUAGUGCCACCUGGCUUUUUGGGCUGAUGGCCGUCAACAACAGCAUCCUUGCUUUUCACUACCUCUACACUGUUCUCUGCUGUUUUCAGGGAUUGGCUGUCCUGGUAUUGUUCUGUAUCCUUAGUGAAGAAGUUCAGGAAGCCUGGAAGUUGGCUUGCCUUGGGAAAAGAAACCAGGGUGAUGAUACAACACGAGCACCUCAGCUCUCGGGCUCCCACCCAUACAAUAACACAUCACUGUUUGAGGAGAGCGGACUGCAUCGGAUAACACUUGGAACAUCAACAAUCUCAUCAGUAAGCACUGCCCGAUCUGCACGGACUCACUCCAGCCAGCCUGGGUAUCUCAGAGAAAAUUUGCUGGCACGACAGGGCUCAGCCCUGGAUCAAACCUUAUUGGGUCACACUGGGCCCACUGACAUAGACGUUGCGAUGUUUCAUCGACCACAAGAUGCAGACCAGGAUUCCGACACUGAUAGUGAUCUGUCACUGGAUGAGGAGCGUAGCCUUUCUUUAGCAUCGUCAGAGAGCGAGGAGAAUGAACGAUAUCGAGGGCGGUUUCCACGCCGAUUUAAAGGGGCAGCAAACAGUGAACGGCUGCUUACUAACCCCCUGCACACAACCCCUAAAGAUUGUGAUGGCAAUGAUUUAAUAUCCUAUUGGCCAGCUCUGGGCGAAUGUGAAGUUCAUGCCUGCUCACUGCAGAAGUGGGGCUCAGAAAGAAAGCUGGGCCUUGAUUUCAAUAAGGAUGCCACUAACAACAACCAACCUGACAUGUCCAUUACGAGCGGUGAUGAGAAUACAUCAACCCAUCUAUUCAAACAAGAGCGACAGAGGAAAGGUAUUCUGAAAAACAGAAUGCAGUACCCAUCUGCAACACUGAAGAAUGAAAGCUCAACUUCCAUCAACAGAAUGCAGAUCGAGUUACCUUGGUACAAUACUUCAACGCUAGGUCCCAGGGUCGUUCCGGCAGCCUCCUAUGGCCGUAUGUACUCAGGCACUGGAAGUCUGUCUCAACCGGCCAGCCGAUAUUCAUCCCGCGAACAAUUGGACAUGCUAGUUAGGAGACAAAUGUCCAAGGAACAGCUGGAUGCACUCUCCAGCAGGCAUGCAUCUCGAGAACGACUUGAAACUGUUCCCAGCCGACAUGGGUCCAGGGAACAGCUAGACACAAUCCCAAGUAGGCAUGCUUCCAGAGAACAUCAGGACAGAUUACCCAGUCGACAUGGGUCCAGAGAACAGCUAGACACAAUACCAAGGAGGCAUGGUUCCAGAGAACAUCUAGAUGCUAUACCUGUGAGACAAAUGUCCAGGGAAUGGCUAAACACAAUGCCCAAUAGACAGAUACAACCAUCUAGGGAGCAACUAGGUCUAACAUCAAGUCGGCAGUCUUCACGAGAGCAACUCGACUUAAUGUCUCGCAGGCACUUAUCCAGAGAGCGUUUAGACACAGUGCCCAGCAGGCAUCCCUCCAGAGAACAACUAAAUACUCUUCCCAGAAGACAGCCUUCCAGAGAGCAAUUAGGGCCCUUGCCUAGCCGACAGCCUUCUACAGAGCAGCUGGAUAUUCUGUCCUCCAUCCUUGCUUCUUUUAAUUCUUCUGCCCUUUCUUCUGCUCCCUCCACCACCACUCCUUCUGCCCCACAGACUACUUUUACCCCUUCUGGGGCACAGACAUCCUCAAUGACGUCUGCCCCAUGCCCUUCAACCCCACACUCUGCAACAUCACAUAGCAUCUCGGAGAUCUCGCCAGAUUCAGAAAUUCACUGCCUUCAGCUUUACCUUGGAUUAACUGACAAGAUCUCGAAACAUCGCAGGCAGGACUUGAGUUAUUGUAAAAUUGUGAACUGGCUGAAGAUCAGCAUUGUAGGUUUUGCUUUUCAGUUGGAGCUGAUGCCACAAGAUGAAGUAGGCAUGCAGAGAUUGAGUCAGUUCUGCAGGCAAUGGUUAGCAUCAAACCAGGAAUCAAAAAUGAUUACCAAUUUAGAAAAUGAAGCAGAUUCCAAUUUGCGAAUGCGGAAAUCUGACUAUCGGGUGGAAAGGCAGGUUAUGGAUGAGGAGCAUUUGGAAGUGUUGGCACAAAGGACUGAAAAAACUGAACUCUCACUCAAAGAUAAACUGAAAGAAAACCUGAGAUGUUCGGGCCCUAAAGCCAGAUCCCUCCUGUUCAAGUUAAUCCCUAUCCUUCGAUGGUUGCCCAGGUAUUCUGUCCAAGAAUGGCUGUUGGGCGACCUCUGCUCCGGACUGAGUGUUGGAAUUGUGCAGUUACCACAGAGUAUGGCAUAUGCCCUUUUGGCAGCUGUUCCUCCUGUGUUUGGACUCUAUACAUCCUUCUACCCUGUGCUUAUAUACUUCAUAUUUGGAACAUCCAGACAUGUUUCAGUGGGUAAGCUCUGCAGCCUUCCUCUUUUAAAAAUACCUUCCCCCCUCUCUGCAGGUUCCUUUGCAGUACUGAGUGUUAUGCUGGGGACCAUAACUGAGAGGAUAGCCCCAGAUGACAACUUUAUGAUCAUUACUCAGAAUGAUACAAAUGGAACGGCUGUAAUCGACAUUGAGGCACGAGAUUUGAUGAGAGUGAAAGCGGCAACCAUGGUUACCUUCAUUUGUGGGAUCUUUCAAAUCAUGUUGGGAUUGAUACGGUUUGGAUUUGUUGUCACAUACCUGUCUGACCCUCUCGUUCGAGGUUACACAACUGGUGCAGCAGUCCAUGUGCUGGUGUCACAGCUGAAGUACGUGUUUGGCAUCGCCGUUCCCAGAAAGAAUGGACCCCUUUCACUAAUCUAUACUGUUAUCGAUGUGAUCAAAGCACUGCACUUGACGAAUAUUGGCACCCUCGUUGUCAGUAUUAUUGCCAUGUCCACUAUGUUUGCAGUGAAAGUGAUAAAUGACUAUUUGAAGUCUAAGUUGCCAAUACCAAUUCCUAUCGAACUUAUUGAGGUCAUAAUUGCCACUGUGGUUUCAUCAAAUGUUAAUCUAACCGGAAAAUAUGGAAUAGAAGUUGUGGGACAUAUUCCUAAAGGCCUGCAAGCCCCAGUUGCACCCGACUUCACCCUCGCCACCAGUCUUAUAGGAGAUGCUUUCGCUUUGGCCAUCGUAGGAUAUGGCAUUACAAUAUCUCUGGGCAAGAUCUUUGCACUUAAGCAUGGGUACCAGGUGGACAGCAAUCAGGAGCUAAUAGCACUGGGUCUCAGCAACCUUGUGGGAGGAUGUUUCCAAUGCUUUGCUGUGAGUUGUUCGAUGUCCAGGAGUCUGGUUCAAGAAACCACUGGAGGAAACACACAGUUGGCUGCCGCUGUGUCUUGUGUUGUUAUCUUGGUGAUUAUCCUCGAAGUCGGAGCACUGUUUAGCCAUCUACCUAAGGCUGUUUUAGCAUCAAUCGUCAUCAUCAAUCUCAAGGGAAUGUUUGAACAGGUGACUGAUAUUUGCCAUUUCUGGAGGACAAACAAAAUUGACCUGAUUGUUUGGAUCGUCACUGUCAUUUUCACAGUGUUAUUAGGAAUGGAUUUUGGACUGGCAGCCUCCAUAGCAUUUGCAUUGCUUACUGUGAUCUUCCAGACACAACUACCCAAAUAUUCAAUUCUGGGGCAGGUUCCAAAGACCGAUAUCUACAGGGAUGUCAAGCAGUUUGAUGAGGCAAAAGAAAUUCCAGGUAUCAAAAUCUUCCAGUCAUCUGCGACUAUAUACUUUGCCAAUGCUGAGCUGUAUGAAGAAGCGCUGAAGCAGAUGUCUGAAACUAAUAUCAGCAGGUUACUUUUGAAAAAGAAGAAAAGAAUCACAAAACUCAAGCAGAAGCUGAAAAAACAGGAGAAGCGGGACAAGAAAAAUGCCAAGAAAGAGCAAAAGAGGCGAAAAGACUUGGAAUCAGGAACAGAUGGCCCAGCCACCAUCACCGAGACUAUUGGUAGUGACAGCUUAGAAAUGGAUUCGGGCCUUGACUCGCCAUCCAAAGUCAGCAAGAAGCCAGAGGAGCUUAGUCUAGAGUCUCUUGGCCUUCAAAAACCAGAUGUCCAUUCCCUCAUUCUCGACUUUAGUCCUGUCAACUUUGUGGAUAGCGUCUGCAUCAAGAUAUUGAGAAACAGAGUGAGGCACCAAUCUCACCAGAACUGGUAUGGGAGACAAUCUGAGACUCCCAAUAAAUUGAAACCAGGGGCUAUUGUUCAACAGUUUGAACAAGGAGGAUUCUUUGGAAAAAACAUCAGCAAAUCCCAGCUUUUCACCACAGUGCACGAUGCUGUUAUGUACUGCGAGAUGAAAAAUAAUCCAUCUACUGAUCAGGCACUCUACAUGACUGAAAGCCAACAUGUAUUCCCUGAGAGUUGCCUCGACAGGGAUCUGGCAGAAGCUGCGAGCAGGUUUCCUGGCUGCUCCCUUGGCCACAAGAUCAAAGGAAGAAGGAAGGAAAAUAUUUUUGAAAAUAAUGGAACCCCUGCACUGCCCCCCUCACAGGACCAAGAGGAAGAACCGACCCAUGUCAGCGCGAAUAAUCUAAUCCGAAUUCCGACGACACUGAACGCGCCAAAUUCCAGAUCUUUUAGCGAGCCAGUAGACCUCGUGAAGGCAUAUGUUCAGCCUAAGCCUUCAGUGAUCACGCAAAGAUUCAAGUUCAGCUCCAGAUUGCGAGAUUGUUUGGUUUACGGCAUACAUAACGAUGCCAUUCAGUGCCAUUUACUUGCAGAAGUUAAUAUUAUCCUGAAGAGUGCCAUGGAAAUAGUAUUAGCAAUGGAGAUUGCUGAGAGGGACUCACAGGCUUUGCAGAGUGUGCCAUGUGGCACCAUUCUUCAGUUGGGGCAAGAACCUACCUCUGGGCAAGGCAUGAAAACCAGGGAGACAACCACGAAGCAGGACACAGUCCCUACUGCUCGAAAAAUAAAAAGAAAUACAGAAAGCCUCUCACCAGUGAUUCAGAAAUUAAAUUGUUACCAAUGUGGAGGUAACCAUGUACCAGAAAUCUGUAAAUUUAAAGAGGCAGAAUGCCACUACUGUCACAAGAAAGGGCACGUUAUAAAGCAAUGCAGGGCGAAAUCAAGACAACCAAUCAGACAGCAGGCCAAGAUGAUCGAAGUGCAGAAUAUAAAUGAACCAGAAGCUGUUGAUACUGAUAUCUAUUCCCUAUACAAUCUCAAGGCAAGGAAAACUGAACCAAUCACCAUCACCCUUCAAGUAAAUGGGAAGCCUUUAGUCUUGGAGGUUGACACAGGAGCACCGACCACAGUGGUGGGAGAACACACCCUUAAAUACCUAAGCGAAGGUAUCCAGCCACUGAAUCUGGAGAAAACCAUGGUUCAGCUGAAGACAUACACUGGAGAGGCAAUACAGGUGAAAGAGAAAAAUUUAACCAACUGUGAAAUCAAAAUGAAGGACAAGACAAAACUCUGUGGCAAACAAGGAGAAAAGACAGAAAUCAAAUCCGAAAAUCCAAUAGGAUAUGUCUCCAGAACCCUAUCAGCAGCCAAGAAGGGGACCCGGAAAGAGAAUUGGAAGCGGAUGCGGAUUGGGAGUGAGAGGAAUUUUGAGGGCGGCCCUUUAUCCUGUCAGGAGUUUCGGUGCAGGGCGUCUGCAGAGAGCAACCAAAGGCAUUUAAGACGGGAGGGAACUGAAACUCGUUCGGAAACUCUAAUGCGCAGAGCAGCGUGGACUUUGGCAGGUUUGCAAUCUUUCCUGCUGUUGUACAUCAUGAAUGUCACACUUAACCAUUUCACCAAACUGACAGUCUCGAUUAUAAGGGAAGACCACCUGUCAGAUUGCCGGCGAUCUAACUGUCCUUGUUAA